AUGGAAUACAAAUUUGUGGUUCUUGCGAAUAUCCUUAUAAAACUAUUCAACUUCUCUUUGAUUUUAAGCUUUGCUCCUCAAUAUCUCUCAUCAGAAGUUUUAAUUGUCUACUCAGAUUUCACUAGAGAGAUUAUCCCAAGUUUAAUCUCAGAUAUUCAGACCAACAUAUUAAAUCAAACCCCAGUUGAAAUUAUGGCAUGUGAUUUCUCUUUUCUCAAAGAAGAAAUUUCCAUGCAUCCGAAUUUGCUUGCAAUUUUUGAUAUUACCUGCAGUCUUAAUACCGAGUUCGAAAUUGCAGUUAUCUGUGAGCAAAAUUUUAUAGUCCAUUUUGUGGUUUCUAAUAGCCUGCUUUUCCAAAGCAGCUGGUCUUUUUCUCUGUCAAGCUCUAAAGAAAGCUUAACCGAUGCUUUAGUAACUACUUUGACAUUUUUUAAUUGAACUGAUGGUAUUGCAAUCAGUAAUGCCGAAAAGUAUUUAAAUUCAAAGCAAUCUCUGUGGAAUUAUUCCCAAAGUAUAGAGAUAAUUUCAAUUAAUUCAGAUACUUAUAUUCAAGGGUUCGUGCAAAGAGAGAUUGUGAGGCAUGGGUCGUCUCUUUUUUAUGUUUUUACUAAUAAAAAAAUAUCUAUUGAAGUUCAAAAAAAUUUAGUUGAGUCUAAAAUUUUGACCAAGGGAACAGGAAUUCUGCUUAUCGGAGAGAGCAGUUAUGGCUCAAAUCUUGAAGGAGCAUUAGGAUUGGUUGACAAAGGUAGAGAGUUAGUAGACUCAAAUGAAAAAUACUGGUCUGCUGCAAUCUCAGACAUGAUUUUUACAUUAACAAAUUUUUCGAACUCAGACGAAUCUUUAAAAGUUUUAACCCAAAAGUGCCCAAGUCAUUACUGUAGUACUGAAUUUUCUCUUAUAAAUAUUCAAAACAAUGAGAAAAAAAUUAUUGGAGCAAUAACAGAAAAACGCCUAUCAUUAAUAUCCUCUGUUAUAUUCCCAGGGGACUCUUCUAAUAUCCCGAUCUCUCACUCCCCCCCUCCUUUUAAAAUUGGAACUAAAAAUUUUUGUUCCAAUUUAAAGGGGGUUAAUUUUUUUUUUUAAAAAAAAAUAUCAGUAUAAAAUUUUUUAUAAAAAAAUUAAAAAAAAAAAAUUUUCAAAACUUAUCGAAUUAGAUCAAUAAAUUUGUUUAAUAAAGCGCUAUUUACUCUUUAUCCUUUAAAACAAAGCAAAAAUAUAACUAAAUUUUCAUUAUUAGCUAAUAGCCACUAUUAAUUGGUAUCAAAAUUAUUUACACAAAAAUUAUUAUUUUUAUUGAUAAAAAAAAAUUAAAAAUAAAUUUAUCGAUCAAAGUGCUAAUUUUGUUUAAAUAAGAUAUUAUUUAUACUCUAUUCUUUAAAAUAAAGCAAGAAAUAAGUAAAUUUUGAAAUUUUAUAAAGAAUUCCUAUUGAAUUUAUAUCAAAACUAUCCAAAUAAAAAAUAUCAUUUUUAUCAAAAAAAACCAAAAUUUUUUGAAAAUUUUUAAAAAAAAACAAAUUAAUUUUUUUUUAAAUUUUGCCAAUUAAGGAUAAUAAAUUUAUUUAAAUAAGAUGCUCUUUAUACUUUUUUCUUUAAAAAAGAGCAAGAUAUAAAUAAAUUUUUAAUUUUAGUUAAGAAGAAACAUUUAACUUAUAUCAAAACUUUUUAGAUAAAAAUUAUAUAUAAUUUUUUAUUAUAAAAUUAAAUUUUGUUCCAAUUUAAAGGGGGGUUAAUUUACCAAAAAAGUGGAAAUUUUACCGAUAAUUUGUUCCAUUUUAAGGGGGUGGAGUCAGAAAAAAGUUCUAACCUUCAGCGCAAGUGACGGAGCCUACAAUUAUGGCGCGUCCCCCAACCUAUCAGUAUUAACAAACACAAGAGGACUUACUCUUUCAGUUAACGACAUAAAUAACGCUCAAGAUAUAUUACAAAACUUCCAGCUAAAUGUCAACCACUUUGAUUGCGGAGCUUCUGUCCCAAACGCAAACUAUUCUUUAAGCUGUUUCACAAAAGAUAAAGACAAAUUCGGCUUAGCUCACAUAGUAGCUACAACUACACCUGUAGUCCGUGUCGAAAUGAGCACAUUCCAGAAGCUAAAUAUUACUAUGCCUCUUGUUGGAGCUGCAAGUAGUGAAGUGGCUUUUUCUAAUAAAUCAAAUUUCCCCUUUUUUUCAAGGAUAAGUUUGCCGAGCUCAUUUGCCUAUACACAAAUUCCGCUGAUAUUCAAAGUGAUGGGCUGGUCAAGCAUAGCUCUUAUAUACCAAAAUGACAGCAUAGGGAUUGCUGUAGAAUAUUAUGUAAGGUUAGCUGCUGAAAAACAAAAUUUGAAAAUUGUUAACAAAUUGCAGGUAAUUCCUGCUGUUUUGACAAGAGAGACUAUUAAAAAUUGGUAUAGUGUAUAUCAAGAAAUUAUAUACAUUAAAAUGGUCAUGGUGAGCCAGCCCUUUUUCUCAGCACCUGUAGGCGGGGACUUGGAAGGGAAAUUGGCACUCGGUGAAGUAUAUCCGGCUAGGCUUUUACUUGGCGCAGUUGAGCGCAGCGUAGGAUUAGGCUGACCGCAGCUCAUUUGGUACCAGGUUUUUAACCUCAGGGGAAAUGGGAUUCAAAGUUGAAAAGGGGAAGCUCAGCAAAGCCAAGCACUCCACUCGGUCCAUCGGACAGCUCCCUAGCGUGAAAACUGGACGUUACGCUCCAGGCUUUGGAUUUCCAUUUAGCCGAAAGUCCUACCAGAACAUUUGUUUUUUUAAUUUUCGGAAUGGGCAACUCUGUUGACGUACUGCAAGGUGACGCAACUGAUCCAACUACGGUUAGCGAGUGUAUAUCCUCGUCCGAUAGGAACAACACUUUGAAGAUCACGAUACGAUUGGCGAUGAGCAACAGAGUGAUGCGUUAAGGGGUGAAGAUAGUCCUUCGGGAAUUACGGCGGGGGUUUCUCAAUAAGUAAUGAUAAUGUUAAUGCAUAUCAAGAAAUUAUAGAUUUAAAUGUAAGAUUGGUUGUAUUAGGAUUAGCAUCUCCAUUAGGAGAGUAUUCUGCAGAAGUAUUUUAUGACUUAGGGUUAAGAAAAGGAGAUGUGUUUCUUUUUUCAGCUAAUCCUAUUUUUAUUACUUCAGUCGCCGCAAAAGAUGAUUAUACAUAUAUAGCUCUUGACCGUUAUUGAUUCAUUAAAUCCAAAUUUUGAAUUCGGCCUAGAUUGUGCUUUCCAAAAAAAUCGCCAACUAGAUUAAAAUAAAAUUGCUUUUGGGUUUUCUAACCAUAUUUUACGGUUAUGCAUUUAUUGAGGAUUUAUAUCCUGAAAAGGGCUAUAAGCCGAUAAAUAGGAAUGUGUGAGCUAUAAAAGAGUUGAAGUCGGAGUCCCAUCGAUGAUUGCGUUUCAAUCAUUAUACGUUGGGAAAAAAGGCAAACAGGUUCAUGAUGACCUUUAUUCAAUAUAUAAAACAGAGCCAACUUCAUAUGCCUGCCUUUAUUAUGACGCAGUUUAUUUAAUUGCUGCAUCUUUGGAUUGGACUAUCAAUCGCGGAAAUGAUUAUACUGAUCCUUACACAGUCCAAUCAGCAAUAAGGACAGUUAAAUUUGUAGGGUGCACUGGCAGUAUGUAUAUACAAAACGAAGGUAAUGACAGGCUUUUCAGCAGCCUCACAAUUCAAUCAAACUCUUAUAAUGAAACAACAGGACUCUCUGUUUAUGCAGUAGGAUAUCUAACACCCAGUGGUUCUAAAAUUUUAACUAUAAGUACUCCAAUGAUAUAUGCAGAUGGAACAACUAAUAAACCUACAGAUUUUAGGGUCACAAGGACAAAUUGCCCAUUUGAUGAUAAAUUAAAGCAGACUUUUUAUAAAGGUAGGGCAUUAGUUUUUGGGAUUUGCUUUUUUAUAGCAGCUAUAACAGCAGUUAUCACUUUUAUAAUCUGGAAAAAAUGAUGGAACAGAAAAGUUGAGCCACUUGUGACAAGUGAAGAAAUUUCAGUCGCAGAUUUAAUUGUGGGCAUUACAAUUGCUGUAGAGUUUUUUCAGCUGCUGUCAAUGGGGCCUGAUAUCCGCCCUUUAAAUUCAUUUAUAGCAGAUAUUGGGGAUGCAUUGUCUUUAGAUCUUGAAAGCUUUGUCAAGCUUGAAAAUGGCGUUUUCUGGUGAAUUGCAAUUGUAGUGAUAGUUUUAUGUGCACUUUGGGUAGUUUUUUGUUUGGAAAUUUUCUUUCAAUUGGAUGAAAAGUUCUAUGAUAUGUGGGCUUUUAGAGCUCUAGGAUUCCUAGCUGACAACUCAAUGCCAGUUUUAGGGAAUUUAUGCUUCAUCCCAUUUAUAUCUAUCCUUUUAGAAGUUUUUGUAUGCGAUCACUCUAUAGGGAACAAUUUCACUGAUAGCUACCUCACAAAAGACUGCUACCAAUUUUGCUGGCAAGGCGACCAUAUUAUUUAUGUCAUUUUUUCUUCAUUUGCAUUAGCAUGUUAUGAGCCUUUUGCAGUGUUUUGUAGGCCUCUUUGGCAAGAAUUUCAAAAUAAUUUACAUGUAAAAGCUGUCCCUAUGUACUUAAUGGUGAAAACAGUAAUCCAAGUAAUUUUAAUAGUGCUCAAUAAAACACUUAAAAGAGCCAGUGACGUUGCCCAUGGUUUUGCUUUUACGUUUGCAAUAUUAAUAUACAUUGGAAUAAUUUGGAAAUUCAAAGCCUACAACUAUGGAAGAUUCAACUGGUGACAGCAAUUAAGCCUUAUUGGUGUUGCUUGGGUCGAUAUCUUAUGUAUAAUGAAUUUUCUUAUUGGAUCCUCCAAUUUUCCAUGGGCUGCCAUAAUUUUGGGAGGAUGGGUACUAAUAAUUUGUAUUGGACUCAUUGUACAAAGAAAAAAAUACCCAAGUUUAUUAUAUAGAAAAAAGGGAAAAGACACUUCAAUUUUAUUCAAAUUUGCAUUUACCUUUGGUAGGAAUUCCAAAAUCCUUCGCUCGAAAAUUGUACCACAGUCAUUAGAUUUAUUAAAGUCAAAAUAG